GGAGUACAUAAAUUCUUUCACAUGCAACCAAUCUUGUGAGAGGCCAUUUAUGUCUGUCAAGUACUAAAUUUAAAGCACUUCCUUCUCUUUCCACUUUGUCUUAGUUUCAUUGAAUGCAAAAGUAGCCAUGCCACUACAAGCUCCAUGUGAUCUCCAAAUCCAUGUAAAUGGUCAGCAAACAUUCUUUCUGCACCAGAAAGUCCUUUCAAGAUUCUCUGGAAAGUUAAGGAAGAUGAUCAAACAAGAAAAGAAAAAAACUCAGAUUAAAAGUUCAGGUAUAGAGAUUCUUGAUUUCCCAGGUGGACCCCAUGGGUUUGAACUAGUUUCAAGAUUCUGUUACAACAAUGGCAACAUCAAAAUCACUAUUUCAAAUGUAGCCCUUCUAAUUUGCUCUGCAAAUUUUCUUGAAAUGACAGAAAAAAUGUCAUCUUGCAAUCUUUUGCAUCAAGCUGAGAACUUUCUUGAAGGGUUAUUCUACUGGUCAUUGCAUGAUAUUGUAAAAUCUUUAAAAAGUUGUGAACUUUUUUUUAAUCAUGCAAAUUCUUGUGGUGUUAUUGCAAAGCUUAUGACUUCACUACCUGCUAAAAUUGCUCAAAAUUCAGAUAUUAGUGCCCUGUUUGGUUCUUCAUCUUCAUCAGCUUCUUCAUCUUGUUCAUCUUCUGAACAAAUGGUGAAAUCAUGUUCAUUAAAAAGCCAAUCUUGGUGGUUUGAGGAAAUGACCAUUUUACCCCCAAGGAUAAUAGAAGAGUUUUUGAGGACUUUAGGUGCUUAUGGUAGUGAAAAUAAUAACUUACUCCUCACAAGAUUCUUGCUUUAUUACUUAAAAUCAGCAGCCCAUAAUAGUAACUGUCACAAUGUGAUUUCAAGAAUUGAGUAUAGUGGGCUUGCUGAUACAGCAGUUUAUGGGGUUGUUUUUAUUGGUAAAACAGCAAUUUCUUGCAGAAAUCUUUUUUGGGUACUGAGAAUUGUGUCUAGUCUUGGAAUUAGCAAAGAAUGCAGGGGUAUUUUGGAGAAAAUGAUAGGUGGGAUGCUUGAUGAAGCAACACUAGAUGAUAUUCUUGUUUGUGGUCAUCACAAUAAUGGAGGUGUAUAUGAUGUGAGUCUUGUGAUGAGAUUGAUUAGAGUUUUUGUUCAUCAUGAUAAAGAUGUUUCAAUAACAAAAUUGAGAAAAGUUGCAAGGUUGAUAGAUAAGUAUUUGAGAGAGAUUGCACCUGAUCAAAGCCUUAAAAUAUCAAAGUUUCUUGGUGUUGCUGAGAGUUUACCAGAUUAUGCAAGGGAUUGUUUUGAUGGGGUCUACAGAGCCAUUGAUAUCUAUCUUGAGUCUCAUCCAGCCCUCUCAUUAGAGGAAAGAUCAAGAUUAUGCAGAUGUCUCAACUAUGAGAAACUAAGCCUUGAAGCAUGUAAAGAGUUAGCAAAGAAUCCAAGAAUUUCACCAAGAAUUACUGUCAAGGCACUUGCUUUUCAAGGUUCUUCAAGUACCCCAACAAUAAAAGACAACAAUUUUGUAAAGGAAAGGGAAUAUGUCAGCAAUAGCCAAAUGGCUUUGUUGUACAAGACAAACAAGAGUGACCACAGUUCAAGUACAAGUGAUCAUCAGAGUCUGCAAGAAGAGGAACAUGAAUAUAUGAGGCUAAAUUUGCAAAAGAUGCAAUGGAGAGUUGUGGAGUUGGAGAAAAUAUGUAGAGAUAUGAAAGGCCAAAUGUCUAAAAUGGUUCCUUCUUCUCAUACUAGAACUUUGCCUAGGCUUUGUAGAAGUCAGUACUUCUGAAAAAAGGAAAACCAAAAAAAUAAAAAAGCAAAAAGGACAUAUGUGGAUAAUUCAACACAUGUUAUAUUCCUUUUCCCAUAUUUCUACUGUAUAAGCAUGAAGUGUAAAAUUUCUUUCUAGAUCCUUUGCCUGUAAAGUUCCAGUUCCUUGCCAAUUUGAAGGUUCUCAAUUUGUACAA